AUGGGGGACUCAGGAUCCAGACGAUCGACUCUAGUAUCUCGGUUACCAAUAUUCAGGAGAAGUAUUAGCCGGAGACACGACUCCCUUCCUUCCUCGCCUUCUUCUGCUAAUGCCAUUGGUGUCCACACUUCCUCGCCCUCCAGCACCAACUCCAGCUCAGGGAGCACAGGCAAGCGCCGGAGUAUUUUCCGCACUCCUUCCAUUAGCUUCCAUAACAGGAAAGGGAGUGAGCAGAAGCCUGAUGCGGCUAGUCAAAAUGUUAACAUCUCAAAUGGUGCCCAGUCCUCUCUCAGCACUUUUCAAAAACUGAGCUUAGAGGAACACAUUAAAAGCAGAGGAAGGCAUUCAGUUAGCUUUGGCAGCUCACGUAGCAAGAAGAUAACAAGGUCUUUGACAGAUGAUUUUGAAAAGGGAAAGGAGCCCUCAGCUAAUAAGAAUGUCUUUAUAAAUUGCAUCAGCUCUGGGAAGAAUGAGGGUGAUGAUUCAGGCUUUGCAGAGGAUCAGAGCCGAUACUCUGUCAAGCAAUCCACGCGAAAACUUCUCCCGAAAUCUUUCUCAUCGCACUACAAAUUUUCCAAACCAGUUCCGGAGAGUCAGUCAGUUUCCUCAGUGCAGCAGUCUGGGUGCUUGCUGGAGGAUAAAUCAUACGUGGAAAGUGAACCUGUGAUCACCAAGUCCUCUCCUCCGUGUUCGGCGGAGACUACCGAGUGCAUGGGAAGCUCCUUGCAGUCCCCGCUGCUCUCGGCUGACCUCACGGCUGCCCAGACCCCCUCUGACUUUGUCGCCCUGACGGAGGAUUCUGUUUCAGAGGUUGAUGCUCUGCCCAGCAGCGGGACUGGGGUGCUGCUUGCAGAGGAUUUUGGCCACAAUGUCUCUACCUCUCAGGUCUUCUUUAAUCCUGCUGCUGCUCCUACGAGGGAAACGGAUAUUGUGGAAAGUACUGACCAUUCUGCUGGUGCCUCUCCUGUGAAUCACGCAAGCUCGUGUAGCAUAGAAUCUAAAACCUUACUCAAAAGCUCGGCAGCUAAUCAAACAAAAGUAUUGUUACCAGCCAAUGAACUCCAUAUUAACGAUGCCAGGCACAUAGGAGAAAUUAACUUGGCAAAUGCAUGUUUAAAAACCUGUGCGUUACAACAUAGAGAAGAACCGGUGAUGCUCUCCCCAAAGGCACAGGAGUUGAGUGGGGACAGACAUGAAAGCACGCCGUCCAAGCACACGAGAGAGACACUUUCUGUAAUGGAGUCUAAGAUUGUUCCAUGUUCUGAACGUCAGUCCUUUAAAAUGCAACAGGGUUAUGAAACAAACCGUUCUAAAG